CGGGCGGCUUUUUGGAUAUCCUGGGUGGGUGGUGGUGGCAAAACUUAGACUAGAACAGGAGUUAAAGACACUCGCGACAAAAUCCCGAUAAAUGUCUCUAACUCCAGACAUUUGCGCUAAAACCAUCUAUAGAAAGCUGGUUUUCUUUCUUUAGUUCUGUCUGCAAAGAAAUGGAUUCCACAUAUAUUGUGGAGCAGCAGCAGCAGCAGCAGCAGCCGUCGAGGGUCGUAGGUGCUGCGGAGUUCAGCUGCCGGACGGGCCGCUCCGUGCUCCGCGACAUCCGGGUCCCCGCGGUGCAGAGCAACGGUCCCGUGCACAUGUACACAAACGGGCCCGUCUUCUACAAAUGCCGAAUGGACGACGGGGGCUCCGCGGCGGAGGUUCGAGGCGAGAGAACCUCUCUGCGAGGCAACGGACUGGCUCCGGGGGGUCGAAUCGUAUUUCACGACGUGGAGAAAACUGGCCUCGGGGACCACCGAGACGCGGGUUCCUCUGGGAUCUUGAAGAGGACCAGUCCGACUCACUGCCCGGGCGUGAACGGGCGGACGCCAGGCGGCUUCAUGCACUUGGACAUCAGGAACCCAGGGAAACAGGCAGAGCUGGCCCACAACUUCAGGGCGCCACAGGGGCGGAUCGUACCACCGACGGAUCGCACCAUCCCUUCCUCCCACAUCCCCGUCCCCAGAAACAGGAAGCCCUCAGGUCAUGCUGAUAAAGAGGUGAUGGCUGCCACCGUCCUGACCUCGCUGUCCACUUCCCCUUUGGUGCUCCACCCGUCCUCCGCACCCACAGUCCCAGAGCCGGCCAGCAGGGCUUGGAAAGAGGUGCUGUCGGCCAGCUACAGCAGCUCGACCAGCGGCAACUGGAGCUGGGACGCCAGCGACCAAUCGGUGCCCUCCACGCCGUCCCCGCCUCUCUCCAACGACGCCAACAAGAACUUCCUGCUCUCGUCCCAGGGCGACGAUGUCGUCGAGGAUGUGGCGGAGAACACGCACUUCAUGUUCGAGGACCCGAUACCAAGGAAGCGAAAGAACUCCAUGAAGGUGAUGUUCAAGUGCUUGUGGAAGAACUGUGAAAAGGUCCUCAGCACCUCCUUAGGGAUCCAGAGACACAUCCGCAGCGCCCACCUGGGGCGGGGCAGCGACUCUGACUACAGCGACGGGGAGGAGGACUUCUACUACACAGAGAUCGAGGUCAACAUGGACAGCCUGACGGAGGGCCUGUCCAGCCUCACCCCCACCUCCCCCACCACGAGCGCCCCUCCGCCUGCCUUCCCCUCGCCGCUCGCCUCCGUCUCUCACUCCGAGCACAUCGACGUGAGCGGCCCGCAGAGCCCCGCCCCCACGAUGCUCAGCCAGUCGGCUCCCUCCGUGUUCUACCACAUCCAGACCGACCACGCCUACCAGGCCACUGCUCCAGUGAGUAUCCCAGUGGGUCCUGAGCUGGCUGGGUUAGGUACUGGGACCGGGCCUGGGACUGGGACUGGGAACGACCUCAGUGCGUCGUGGACACCCCCUCGUGUCAUUUCCAAAGGCGUCCCGGGGGCUGUGAACACCCGGGGCCUCGGAGAAAAGCGACAGCCGGCCGACGCCGCCAACGCUUUACUGACUCCGCCUACUAAAACUACACCAGGAACCAGGAAACCCCGUGGGGAGGCGAAGAAGUGCCGAAAGGUGUACGGCAUGGAGAAGAAGGAGAUGUGGUGCACGGCCUGUCGCUGGAAAAAAGCCUGUCAGAGAUUCACCGACUAUCCAUCCAGCCCCACCCACCCGGAGUCCAAGAAAUGAGCUCUCCCUCACUCGAAGCGACGGCUGAAGGUGGACUGUUCCACUGGGGGAGACGGGGGGGGUGUAGUAAAAUCGGGGAUACAAAAAAGCAAAAAAAAAAAUUACGGCAGGUUGGGAAACCUUUUUUUUUUUUGAACGCAUGAAUAAGGAAAACGUCUCAAGGCAAUGUUUAAGGACUUCAGAUAAGCUUUUUUGGUGUAAUAUGUUCAUUAUAGGAGCAUCACGUAGUUACUGUUUAUGGGGUGAAUCAUGACUUUUCUCUUUUAAGAUGACACCAGAUAACACUUUUGUAGCAUAUCCGUUUUUUCACCGUAUCUCUCACAACCAACAGUUUUAGUGUAAUCGUACAUCUAGUAUCGCCUUCUUCUGCAGCCUUCCUGGAUACAGACUUUAACUUUAUCUACAUAUUGUUCAAUACCUACUUCCUGUUCAUUAAGCAGCUUCGGCACAGCCAGCAACAGUCUUUUAAUAUCUUGUUGUAAAGAUGCUCACACACGUGGUACAAAAAAAAGUUUCCCCUUGACUUUUUAGAAUAUUUUUUCAGAGAUGUACACAAUAUAUGAAUUAUCUCUUAUAGACGCGCACCUUGAAGAAAUAAGUCGUCUUUAGAGUAUAACUGAAGCCACAGCGGAUGUCUGAUAAAUAUCUAUUUCUUACAGAGUUUUAUUUUCAGCAGUGAAUGCGGAAGCAACUACUAGUUAGUUGCACGGUGCAAUCGGCAGGAUUACGUUUAUUGUCUAGUUUUGAGGGAGUCGUUGUUGUUGAGGCAGAGUUCUUUUUGUUUUUUCUUAGAUCGUUUCCUCCGAUGAAUGAAUAACUGCCAUUUGAAUCUUUAACUUGGCGCCUGACGGAUGUAUGUCUGUGGAUAACGUACAGUGUUUCCCAACAAUCACAUCCUGAUGAUGUAUCAUGCAUUUUAAUUAAUGUCUUGGUUUUAAAAUAGACGUUACCCAAUGUAUUUGUAGAUGACGUCAUAGGAACCAAGACUUUUUUGCUGUUUUUUCGUUAGAUGUGUUUAAUCCUUUAGAAUGAUCUUGAUUCUUUCUUUUCCAAAUAGUAGAAGUUUUAAAACCUUUUUAGAAGUGGUCUGAACAGAAAUAACUGUCACGGCUGCCUUAGAAAAAAUAUAGGUGAUAGAUUUUUAGAUAGUUGUAGAUUGUAAUUUUUCUUUGAGUUCCCUUUAACCAAUCGAUAAAAUGUCAGACUUCCAUUUUUAAAGCCCAGUUUAUGACCUGUUGCGUUUCUAUAAAUGAUCCGAGAUGUACAACGACGAGAGGAAAUCAAAUGGAGAAGCUUGUUUUUUUUAAAGAUACUCUGCUGCAUUAAAGGUGUGUUUCUACCAAUACAGUGAAAGAAGUCAACUUGUUGUUCUUUGGUCAGCAGCGUAAAACUACUCCUGCAGCAUCUGUAAUGGUGAUAAUUAUGCAUAACUACACACCGGUAGUGAAUUUAUGAAUGACUUAAAAAUGACUGUUAACUUGUUCUGACUCGGUAGAUUUGAUCUUUUCAAGAUAACCUGCUUCAACUCAAUUUAUUUGUUUAUAUCAAAAACUAAAUUUGCCUCACGACAUGUGACGCCCUUUAUUCGAAAGGUGGCUCCUGCUGUCGGCCGAUACCGCGUUAAAGACGACCGAUCGUCACUUCUUUAUCUGCAGAGGGACUGUUAGUUGGCGGCUUGAAGUCGGGACAUAUUGAGCACACGUGUUUGCCGUAAUAGUACUUAAUGAUGUCUCAUUUCACACAGUUUUAAACAAUUAGUUUUAUUCCCGCCGCGUCCCAGAUGAGCUUCUUCUGUUCAGAAACUUCACAAAGUGCCAAUGAAAAGAACAAAGGACAAAAAAAAGGUAUACUCACCUAAUGAAAUUGCACUACGUUGCGCAAAGGCAUGUUUUAUACGUGGACAUUUUAUAUAGAAACAUUUUGAAGUGAAAGGACUGUUCUUGUGAGGGGUGUCGUCACUGCCCGAUGGAAUAAAUGGGGUGUCAGGGAUUGGAGGGUUCUGUACCUCUGGGGGUCCCCCAUUA